AUGGACUUGCGACCAGUGAGCCAUCCGAUUAGAUUCAACAUCCCGAACCGCUUGUACAUUGAGUUUCAGAUCGCGGCGCUCUUCUCCAACAACUUCAUCUCGUGGAGGGAGGUGGGUGAUAUCGCGCUGUACGUCCUGGUGGCACUGGUGGUGGUGGAUGUCCUGAUGUUGUACGUGUGGCACAGGAUCGGGCCGCGGCCUCGCAAAUCCACGCGGGAGCUUGAGUGGGAAUCGCGUCCAAGUCAUGCUCCGACACGUUCCAGCUGA